AUGAAUGAACACUUUGUGGAAAACUUAUGCUUCUCGUUGAACGAACGUCGAAGCCAGUAUCCGCAUCGCCUGGCAGUUGCCUUUGGGCCUCCUUUCGAAGCAUCGAAGUCACUAGAAGCUUUUGCUGAUGACUCCGCCGGUUGGGAAAAGACCGCUUCUUAUGCUGAGGUGACCUCAAGCGAUAGGAAACUGGUUUUCAUGUUUGGGGGUCAGGGAUCACAAUGGUAUGCCAUGGGAAGGCAGUUAAUGGAAUGCGAAACCGCUUUCAGAGAGGCAAUUUUGACUGUUAGCAGCUUACUGAGAGAUAUGGGACAGACGUGGUCACUUGAAGACGAAUUGAUGGCACCAGAAGACAUUUCGCGAAUAUCGGAAAACUACAUUGCCCAGCCAGCCACGUUCGCUGUACAGUACGCAACCGCACAGCUGCUUAAGUCCUGGAAAGUCCAUCCGUCUGCUGUUAUUGGUCACAGUUUAGGAGAGUUCGCAGCUGCCUGUGUUGCUGGAAUCAUCACUGUCAAGGAAGCUCUUCAGCUGGUACUAACUCGCUCCACUCUUCAAGACAAAUGCCCAAGCAAUGGAAGUAUGGCUGCCCUGGGCAUGCCUGAGAUAAAGGCCAGGGAACUGCUUUUCAAUCUAAGGUUAAGCGCCACCCUCGACAUAGCGGCAGUUAAUGAUGCAAAAAGCGUCACUGUAGCUGGUGAGUCGCAGUCCAUCGAGGCAUUGGGACAACAUCUUUCGAUGAACGCAAGGGAUGUUUUCUGGCGUGUUCUUGGAACAAAUCGUGCAUUUCACAGCUCACACAUGGAACCCAUCAAGAAACCAUUUCAGGCAGCUAUGAAAAGUGUACAGCUAAACCCUCAACUAUCGAAGAUUCCAAUGUACUCUACCGUUGAGGGCGAAGUUGUCUCGGGUCAGCAGUUAAACAGCGAUUAUUGGUGGCGAAAUAUACGCUGUCCUGUUCGCUUCUACUCGGCAAUGAAACAUCUACUGAGAGAUGGUUACAAGCAGAUAAUUGAGAUCAGCACGCAGCCAAUUCUUGCCCACUACGUAAAACAGAUAGCUCUUCAGGAGAAUUUGACGGAACAGGAAAGGCCCGUUGUUGUCGCAACUCUUCCACGUAAGAGAGUGCCCAUCAAGGAGCAACACAAAUGCUUUCUUCAGAACACAAUAUGCAGAUUGUAUACCAUGGGAUUUCCGUAG